CUAUCGUUGAAAACUAAAUGGGUGUGACCCACAUACUUUUAGCUGUGUCGUCUUCACUGAGCUGCGCAGUAGAGUUUCAUUAUAGUUUAUUCACCCAGUCAGCCACUCCCAUCUGAAAUUUUUAGCUAUUUUGCUUUGAGGUUCAAAUCUGGUCGUGUACCUUAAAACGGGAAUUUGAAGUUACCACGCAAGAAGAAGAAGAAGUUUGAGCUUGAAAAGAGAGAGGAAGGGUUUUACCUGGAGGUACUUGAACUACACACUCCUAUCAGCUGCGGGUCAUGGGGGACAUCAAAAAAGGGAAGAAGGUGUUUGUCCAGAAAUGUUCUCAGUGUCACACGGUGACAGAGGAUGGACGCCACAAGGUGGGACCCAAUCUGUGGGGUCUGUUUGGGAGGAAGACAGGACAGGCACCUGGCUUCUCUUAUACACAGGCCAACAUUGAUAAAGGUAUCAUAUGGGACGAGGAAACUCUGAAUAUCUACCUUCAAAACCCUAAGAAGUACAUUCCUGGUACCAAGAUGAUCUUCAGUGGUAUCAGAAAGAAAAAGGAAAGAGCGGAUAUUAUAGCCUAUCUAAAGGACGCUACCUCCUAAUGUACUGAAAACACAGAACACACUCAUACAGCUGUGGACAGAUGUGAAAGUCGUGUGCUCUUUGUUUUAAUUCUGAGUUCAUAAUUUACAAUAGUUUUAUUUCAAAUUUGCAUCACAGCAUUUUGUUGCAUUACAUUGGUGCCACACUGUCUUUGUGUGUAGGAGACUGUUUUUAAUUAUCAUAUGAGUCAGCCUUUGUGUGUCUUGAGUAUUUUCCAGACAUUGCUCAGUCAAAGCUUCUUAAAGAGGCAGCCGACCCUUUGGGAUUUUCUUUGAGUUGUUUACCUUCAAGUCUUACUACUGCUUGCACAGAAACUACACACAUUUGUGUCACUUUAACUCUUAUCGCAGUGGCGCUGAUUCCUGAAAAGUUUAUUUUUCUAUUAUAUUAUGUUAACUACUUAUUCGGUCUCUUUUUUUUUUUAUGUACAAUCGUGUUUCCAAAGAGUUGGCACACUGUGGACUGGACUCUGUAAAACGAAACAAAAUGUGAUGAUGUGCAAAACAUUAAUGCCCUAAAUGAGCACAAAGACAAUUUAUCAAAUGUUGAAACUAAAAAAGUUUUAUUGUUUUUGGAUAUUUAUGUGCCCAUUUUGAAUUGCCAGCAACAUAAAAAAAAAGUUGAGAUGGUGGCAACAAAAGAUUGGAAAAGUUGUUAGAACAUCUCACAGUUAAUAAGGUUAACUGGCAACUGGUAAUGAGAUUGGGUAUAAAAGAGCAGAGAGGCUAAGUAAAGAUAGUAAAAAAAUUCUGUACACAGGGAACAAGUCCAAAAGCCAAUAUUGGAUGGCUGUGAUCUUCAGGCCCUCAGACGGCACUGCAUCAAAGACACCAUUCUGUCAUGGACAUGGCACAUUAUGAAAUGCUGAACUGUUGAGCAGCUGAUAUCCUACAUCAAGCAGGAGUGGGAAAACAUUUUACUUUCUAGAUCAGUUCCCAGGCUUACAGAGUGUUGUUAAAAGAAGAGGUGAUGAACAACAUGAUCCUGCCCCAACUAUUUUUAAAAUGUGUUGCUGGCAUCAAAUUCAAAAUGGUAAUAUAAUUAUCCACAACAUUUGACACGUUGUCUUUGUGCUAUUUUCAAUUAAAUAUGGAGUUUCAGUGUUUUGCACAUCUCCAUUUACAUUUUACACAGCACAUCAUGUUUGGAAACAGGGUUGUACGUUAAGUGGUGCUAGACGGUUUACUUUAUUUUCUUUUUUUUAUGUUGUUAUAAAGGUGCACUUUAAAAUGAGUAUGUCUUUUCUAAAUUCAUGGAUCAUGUUGGCAAUAGUAUAUAUGUUAGGAACAGUGUAGUAAAAUAGUCAUGUCAAAAAAACAUACAUUUUUAAAAAAAGUAAUAUUUAUAGUUCUUACACUUGGCCUACUAAUGCCAGUGCGUUACAUCAUGUUCUUUUUACUGAGUUUUUAUUGAGUUUGUUUUAUACUCUGUUGUUAUUUCUUUUCUAAACAAUACCUUGACCUUGACUUGAGUACAUGGAUAUACCAUUAAAAUACUUCCAUCCACA